UAUAGGACUGAACCUAAAACCCUAAACUAAAAAAAAUCUAAACCUCCUCCCCUGUUGUAGUCUCUCCCCAUUUUCCGGCGAGACAAACCAUCGCAACAAUGCGGUUCACCGUCUUCUUCCACCGAACCACCACCACAAGUCCUCCGUCCCACCGUCAACACCUCCGAACCUUAUUCGACGGCAAUUUCACCCUCGUCCGUGACCGUGGCCUCGACCACGCCGUCGAAAGAGAGAAAAAUCUCAAACCUUUACUAAAUCUUCGAAACCUAAUCAAACAAGAACCAUCAAAAUCUCUUCCAGUUUCCAUAAUCAAAGAAUCAAUUCAACUUCCUUUCCGUCCGAUGGAUUUCAUCCGGAAAUAUCCUUCCGUUUUUGAGGAGUUUUACAGUAAUGGUAGAUUUGAAGCUCAUGUUAGACUUACGCCGGAAGCGGUUGAACUCGAUGACGAGGAAGGGUUUAUGUGUAAGAGUGAAUUGUUUAAGAAACAAGUUGCUGAUAGGCUUUUGAAGUUGUUGAUGAUAUCUAAGAUUCAUAAGAUUCCAUUAAGAGUUCUUGAAGGUUUGAGGUGGGAUCUCGGAUUACCAAUGGAUUAUGUUAAGACUAUGAUUCCGGAGUUUCCGGAUUAUUUUCGGGUUGUUGGUAUGGGUGACAAUGCUGUUUUGGAGCUUGUUUGUUGGUGUAAGGAACAAGCUGUUUCGGUUUUGGAGAAAAAAUUAGGUAAUAAAGGGAAAGAUUUAGCUUUUCCGUUGCAGUUUUCGACCGGUUUUGAGAUGGAUAAUAAGUAUGAGAAAUGGUUAAGAGAUUGGAAUAAAUUGCCUUAUGUGUCUCCGUAUGAAAAUGCUGGUCAUUUGAAUGCUUCGAGUGAUGAAUCUGAUAGGUGGGUUGUUGGUGUUUUGCAUGAGAUUAUGCACAUUUUGGUUUCUAAGAAAACUGAGAAAGAUAAUGUUUUGAUGCUUGGUGAGUGGUUAGGUUUAGCGUCGAGGUUUAAGCGGGCGAUUUUGCAGCAUCCGGGUAUAUUUUAUUUGUCUAGUAAGAAUAGAACCUAUACUGUUGUUUUGAGAGAGGGUUAUAAGAGGGGUUUUCUCGCUGAAGAUAAUCCGGCGAUGGAGUUUAGGAGGAAGUAUAUUCAUCUCAUGAACACUGUUAAGGAAGAUAGCCAAAAAGAUAAAGAUAAGGUUGUGAAAGAUAAAACAAGUACAAAAGAGUCUAAUGUCAAAGGCGAUGAAGGAAAGGCAGGUGAGGAAAAGCGUGACGAGAAUCUUGUGGAGGAGAAAGAAGAAGGAGAAGAAACUGAGUUGUCUGAUGCUGAAGAUGAGGAUGCUAGUGAAAGUGUCGUUGACGAUGACAAUGAGGAAUCGGUGAGGGAUACCCGUAGAACUUCUUCCAAUAGAAGGGGAAGAAACUUUGCGGAAAGGAAGUUAAAUACUGAAAAGCCUUCGAGAAAUUCUCGCAGAGAGAGAUCAUCUGAGAAGCUUCCACGGAAAACCUGGGAGAAAAAUCCAUCACAAGUUUCUAAUUCUAAAAAUAUCCAAAUGCGAGGUGAACAUAAUGAUGUUAAGAGUUCACCGCAACGAUCAAGAUCCUCUAAAAAUAGAGAGAGGUUAUUCACUACUAAGAAUACAGUUGUUUAGUGAAGAUUCAUCUGUUUCUCAACUAGUAUACAGAAAGGCAAUUGGCAUCGCAUUAUUUGAUUCUCUUCAUCAACACUGUUAUUUCAGAGGGAGGACAUAUUCUAAAUCAUAAAAAGAGUAGUUUUGGUAUGCUCUCUGAUUAUUCUGCAUGAUACUACGAAUCUACAAUAGUGUUCAAACGAUUUAGAUCCUCUUCAUUGUGAAUUCUCUCAUGUUGGAUGGUUGAGAUUCCACGUGAGAAAAAUUAAGAAUCACAGGGGAGAGGAUCCAAAUCCGUGUUCAAGGGGACUUCAGAGUUCAUAUGUUCUCUUCAACAGCGCAGCUAACCCUCCCCCACUUCCCAUACGAAUUUGAACCUAUUCUUAGUCAAGUGUAACACCAGAAAACCCACAAAUUUGUACCUUCCAUAUCAAUUAAAAUUUGCAUUUGUUUCAUAUCGUAUUCUAUGAUUUCGCAUAAUAGUCAGAUAAUUAUCUUCAUUAGCUUAUGUAUGGUCGAGUCAGGGCUCUGUCCCUAGAAAUAUUGGGUUUGAUUACAGUUUGAUUAAUUUACAUCUCGUAGCCACAAGCGAGAAAUGCAAGCAUGGUUUGACGAUAAUAUUUUGAUUAAUUUAGGAACUAAAUAAAUAUUUGGAUUGUUGAAUGAUUUGUUGAAACAACAUUAAGGCGUUGAAAAAUAGUGGUCGUUGGGGUAUCAA